AGCACCCACGCUCUUCCACCCUGCCCGUCCGCAAUCGCAAUGCUUCGGCCGGCCGCCGCAGCCGCGGCCUGCGGCGCCCGCCGCCUCCUCCCGCUCUUCCCCGUCCGCUGCAUCUCCUCCCUAAAGGUCCCGUGGCGCCGCGACCCCGCCCUCGACGCUGCCAUCGUCCGCGACCGCCACUUCCGCCACGCGUACCGCCUGGUCCGCGAGGUGCUCCUCUCCCCUGGCCAGCGCCUCCUCUUCCGCUACCUCACCAAGCGCCGGGAGCGCAUCCGCCUCCCGGUCCUCGUCCCCACCUUCCUCCGCCGCUACCCCACCCUCCUUUCCGUUUCCCCUCCCCCCUCGCCCAUCGCCUCCCCCUCCCCGCAACUCCUCGCCUUCCUCGCCUUCGCCUCUCGCCUCCACGAACUCAACGCUCCGUUCCUCGCCUCCAGGCUCGCCAAGCUCCUCAUGAUCUCCUCCUCCCGCUCUCUGCCCGUCACCAAGAUCGCCUCCGCCAAGCGCGACUUCGGCCUCCCCGACGACUUCCUGGUCUCGUUGGUCCCGAGGUACCCCCACCUUUUCCGCCUCGUUGGUGACCCCGGGCCCGACGCGUCCGGGAAUGCGUUCCUCGAGCUGGUAUCUUGGGACGACCAGCUGGCGAAGUCAGUGAUCGAAUUGAGGGCCGACAAGGAGGCCGAUGCCGUUGGCAUCCGGCCAAGGCCGAACUUUGCUGUCAAAUUGCCCAAGGGGUUCUACCUCAAGAAGGAGAUGAGGGAGUGGGUGAGGGAUUGGCUUGAGUUGCCGUAUGUGUCACCUUAUGCAGCCGCGUCAGGGCUGCACCCAUCAUCACCGGAGGCAGAGAAGCGGUUAAUUGGUGUUUUACAUGAGGUGUUGUCCCUGACGGUAGAGCGAAGGAUGGCAAUUCCGAUUAUUGGGAAAUUUUGCGAGGAGUAUAGGCUGUCAAACGGAUUUGCUAAUGCUUUCACGAGGCACCCAGGGAUCUUCUAUGUUUCGCUUAAGGGUGGGAUCAAGACUGCGGUAUUGAGGGAAGCCUAUGAUGAGAAUGGGGAGCUUGUAGAUAGAGACCCAAUGAUGGAGUUGAAGGAGAGAUUUGUGGCAAUGAUGGAUGAGGGGCAUAAGGAAUAUUUGGAGGACUUGAGGAGGAAUAGGGAGGCGCUGCAGAAAGCGAGGGAGAAUGCAGCUCGCAAGGAUGGAAAAGUAGCCGUGGAGAUUGAGGAUCAGCUUGAGGAGGAAGGACGCAGUGAGGCUUCAGAAGGAGAUGAUGAUACAGAUGAUGUUUAUGCGCAGUAGGAGGCAAUGGAAGGCGGUGUUGUGAGUGGUUCUCCCAAUUCCAUUUGUUCCUCCUUAGCAUUGCUUGGAGAACAAUGACCAAGGAAAUUGAUUGAUUUCCCCAAGUUCUUUCUUUCAUCUGUUGGCUGUUAAUAAAAAAGGAUAUUGGAAUUAUGCCCAACCACCAACCAGUUUGAUUUCGAAAUGAGGCUGAAAUGAAGGCUUUCUGAAGAUCUGCCUGUUUGACAGUGUUAAUGACUGGUGAGAUCCUUUGUUGACUUAUCACUUGAAACAUGUUCUUUUAAGUAAUCUUCAUGAAAGCCUUUGUUGGUUGUUAGCUCAGCAGGGUUGGGACCUUUGCAAUACAUUCAGACCCAAGAAUAUAUUUAUAAGCCGAUCACUGCAAA